AUGGCACCUUCAGCGAAGAGACGGAAGCGCAAUGUCGUUGAAUCCUCUCCUCGUACCUCUGAGAACGAGGAUGAUCAAUCAUCUCAAGUGAAUAAAUUCAAAACUCGAUUGAGCAGUUUGGCACACUCUCCGCCACCAAAAUCGAGCUCUUCUGAUCCAGUCUCAAGGCCUAUGUCACAAUCUAGCAGCUCUGCAAGAUCUUCUUCUCUUAUAAGACCUCCAUCCAAAUCGGCCAAUCAUCCUCAUAAUGCUGCACCGGUCUACCUGCCAAACCAUCGCAAGAAUUCCAAUACAAAGAGUCCCAGUACGAGUCCAGAGAAGUCGAGACGCAAAGGGCAAGUCGAAGAGAAGCGGAAAAAUGCAGAUAUCCAUACAUUCUUUACAAAGCAAGCACAGAGGCAGCAAGCUGAAGGGGAGACGAUACCCAAACAAAGGCUUAAGGUUUUCAAUUCGAAAGAUAUUCAGCAAGAGAUUGAUUUAACAGAGGAUAUAAUAUCGGACGAUGAUGAUUUCGAAAAAAGUCGAGCACAAACUGUUAGCAUGGUUGGGCAAGCCACCAAACGGGGGGUUGGAAAGAAUGUAUUCACAAAUUCAGGUACCAAUACGCCCAGCGCUAGCCAAAGAUUUCUGAGACCGACUCAGGCUCCUUUAGUAAAGCCUCUAGUCGAGGAGGAUAUGCGACCUUGGGCUGAACGCUUUGGACCAAACAAUCUGGAGGAACUUGGAGUUCACAAGAAGAAAGUGACAGAUGUUCGAACUUGGCUUGAUAAUGUUAUAGCAGGACAAAUGAGGCAACGAUUAUUGAUUUUGAAGGGGGCUGCUGGAACAGGGAAGACAACAACAGUACAACUACUGGCGAAAGAUAUGGGGUGUGAUGUGCUAGAAUGGAGGAAUCCUGUUGGAUCAGUCGCUUCCUCGGACGGUUUCCAAUCAAUGGCUGCGCAAUUUGAGGAGUUCAUGGGUAGGGGUGGAAAAUUUGGUCAACUCAAUUUGUUUUCCGAUCAUGGAGAUGUUCCUGCAAAAUUAGAAGACAAACCAUUGGGUCGAAGGAAACAGAUCAUACUAGUCGAGGAAUUCCCAAACACUUUCACUCGUUCUUCGAGCACCUUACUGUCCUUUCGGUCUGCGAUAAUUCAAUACCUUGCGUCUAAUACCCCUUCUCUUGCAAUGCCAUACAAUCCUAAAGCUAAGAAUGAUCCCAUCACUCCUGUGGUUAUAAUUGUAUCCGAGGCGUUACUUACCACCACCUCGGCUUCUGCGGACAGUUUCACUGCCCAUCGUCUUCUUGGGCCAGAGAUUCUCCAACAUCCGGGAGUAGGAGUCAUAGAAUUUAAUGCCAUUGCGCCUACCAUAUUAGCAAAGGCACUCGAGAUAGUAGUCCAAAAGGAGUCAAGGAAGUCAGGGAGGAGAAAAACACCAGGACCUCAGGUGUUGAAAAAACUUGGUGAGGUCGGCGAUAUCAGGAGUGCGAUUGGAUCCCUAGAGUUUAUGUGUUUGAGAGGUGAUAUUGAUGACUGGGGAGGCAAAGUUGUUUUUGGUAAAGCCAAGAAAACAAGUAAAGAUACAUCAUUGACGAAAAUGGAAGAGGAAUCUUUGGAACUAAUCACUCGUCGCGAAGCUAGCUUGGGGAUCUUCCAUGCGGUCGGCAAAGUCGUUCACAACAAGCGCGAAGGAAAAGUAGAAAAUGAUGUGGAAUCCUUGCCACACUUUAUAUCUUACCACUCCCGUCCCAAGAAAUCCGAAGUAAACAUAAACGAGCUCAUCGACGAGACUGGCACCGACACUCCAACAUUCAUUGCCUCCCUCCAUGAAAAUUACAUCCUCUCAUGUGAAGCUCCAGCCUCCUCUUUCGAAUUCUCAUCUCUCGACCACGUCAAUGGCUGCAUCGACGCCCUCUCCGAUAGUGAUCUCCUCUGUCCCUCCUGGGAUGGUUCUUUACAGUCCUCGGGCUUUGGUGGCGGCGUAACGGGAACAGGGGGUGAUAUCCUUCGCCAAGACGAAAUGUCCUUUCAAAUCUCCGUGCGCGGCAUUCUAUUCUCCCUCCCUCACCCCGUAUCUCGCAAAGCUCCCGCAGCAGCCGGUUUCAGAACAGGUAAGGCAGCAGAUGCGUUCAAAAUGUUUUAUCCCACCAGUCUCAAACUCUGGCGCAUGAAAGAGGAAAUCGAAAGUACGCUCGAUCUCUGGGUUGCACGUUUGAUCAAGGGAGAAAUCGACCUCACACAUGCAAAUACCACAAGUAUCACAUCUGGCGCUGCGGCAUUUGCUCGUCCAAAACCUGGCACGGUGGAAAGUUGGAAAUCUAAAAACGCCGCUCCUGCUCUCUCACAAUCGAAGACCACGCCCAAAGCUCAAAAAGAAGACGCCCCGCCCCUCCUCACCCUCGGUUCUUCCGCGCGCACCGAAAUGCUCCUCGAUCGUCUCCCCUACAUGGUACAAAUCUCCAAAUCCAAAUCUAAAUCCCGCACUGCACCCACCCCCACCCCCUUCUCCUCCUCCUCCUCCUCCUCCUCCUCCUCCUUCUCAUCAUCAUCAAACCUCAACCCCCUCCUCAAAUCCCUCGAAAAAAUAACUACAUUCACGGGCAUCGGUCCCCAACAAACCACAGAAGAAACUCCCAACGAAGAAGACGAGUCCAAUUCCGUUUCAAAUGAACCGAAUGCUGGAAACUGGGCUACGGAUAAACCGGAUGAUGUGAGUGCAUCGAGGAAGAAAAUGAGAGGAGGUAUGGGUGUGGUGGUUAUGAAAAAAGGGAUGCGUGGUGAGAGAGGCGUGCCUGUGCAACAGCAGGAAGAAAAGUUUGUUUUGAGCGAUGAUGAUAUUGAGGAUGAUUAG